GUCUACGAUGGAUCGUGCAUCCGUCCGCUGCGCUUUUCCAAUGUCGCUUGUUCACCGCGAUCUCUCGUGAUCUUAAUUAGUGAACGGCGUAUGUCAUUCUGUACACGCUAGUCCGCAUUGCUGUUUGAUUACACCGGACUCAUCAUUAAUUAUUUAACAUUAAGUUGAACGCGGGAAUGGAAUGUGACAUGAAAAGUGAAUGAAUUGUGCUAGAUGCGCGCGGUGAAGACAACUUGAAGUGCAGUUUCUCCAUCUAAUUUAGAUAUCAUUGGAAAUCAUCGAUUGAUUGUACGUGAAAAUUUCUCAAAGUGCUCGAGGAGUGAUGUUGAGUAAUACGGUUGACGUACCUGGAUUUUUUAUUCCUAGUCAUCCCACGGUGAGAUGCUGAAAUGAUUGCAUCCACCACGCAAAACUGAGACAGAAGCCGUUCGUGACGAUUGAGAAGAGAGCGAAUCUCAUCAAAGAUGAGAAAUGGGACGAUGCUAGCAUGACCGACAUCGGUGCGAUUGGUAUCCUGACACUCUUCCUGAUCUUCGACAAUCUCGAGACAGUCACAGUCGUGAACCAUCAUCCCGACGAUGAGUAUGUCCUCGAACAUGAAGUGCUUCGCGAGGAUGCACUUGCUGAGGCGAAGAAACUUGAAAUAUAUCCUGUCGGCAUGGGCAAGAAAGUCGCAGGACCCAUCCCAGGAUGCAAGCCUUGCACCAGUUCCGAGAUGACUUACUACAAGAAUGGAAGCGUCAUCAGUGAUCACUGCUGCUGCGACAGCGGCUACAACAAUGUCUUUCCCUUCGUCGAGCACACUUGUCGCGUGGGACCAGAGGAAUGCAAAGUGCAGGCUGGAAACUACGCGGAAUAUACGAGACUGCGGGACUGCUGUUGCCACUCGUACCUGGCCUCCGUCUGGAAGUAUUUGGCGAUCGGCGCGAGAUCGCGUACCAGCACAAAUCUUACGAAGUUCCUGACAAUCUUAACAGUGUUCAAAUUACAUUAGUCGUUGACCUAAAACUACACUUAUGAUACCAAAUAUUUUGUAUAAUACCGAUUAUUUUAAUAAAUUAUUUUUCCAUCGA